AUGGAUGAGUCAAAAAUCCAUGAAAAUGGUCACAUUGGCAAUGUUGAACUUGUGUUUCAACAAACUAGUGAGGAAAUACUUCUUGGGUUUGAUCCAACUUCAUGCGAAAAAUCUCGAAAUUUAUUUUAUGUGCUCAAAUGUUCUAUGGUCAAGUUGCUUCUAGGUGGAGCUGACAAAGUGAUCAAGGACCAAAGAGCACUGAAAACCAAACUUCCUGAUCUUGCAAAGGGCCUCGAAUUACAUGAUUUGCGAAGCUCUUUGCCGGAAAAGGAAAGGGUAUACGAAAAAUCCGGUAAUAGUACUUUUCUUAACUCGAGCGCGGAUUAUGAACAUCCCUUACAAGUUGAAAACUUUCCCACAAGGGAUCACAAUAAUCUUUCCCUUAUAAACUUUCUUGCUUUUGUUAUGUCACUAGUGGUGAAAAUCAUGGGAUUUCAGUUUAGUCUGCUGAUUAGCUUUCUCACAUUUCCAAUUUGGUCAUCUUAUGUUCUCUUCAUGUUCUUGUUAUUUCCACUUCAAACUUUAGACCAAGUUAGAGGGUAUUUCAUGAAAAAGGUGUUGGGAAUGUCGGGUGGGACAUGCAUGCUUUUUACUUCUUCCGUGUCUAAGCGCGUAAAUGCGCAGAAAUCAAAAGCUGUGAGGAUUGGAUGGGCCUUGUUCUCUUCGAUCUACGUCUGUUCCGUGCUUCUUGGAUUGCUUGCAUUUGGAUUUUUCCUUGGGGGAUUUGUAAUGAAACACCUGGUUGAAAAGCCUAUUCAAACAAGGGAGAACCUUAAUUUUGACUAUAGCAAAGCAAGUCCCGUCGCCUUCGUGCCUCUCAAGGACAAUGUAGGACAUGAGACGCGCAGCAGCGCUCGUGUUAUUCCUUAUAACCACAAAUUGCAGCUUGCUGUUUCAUUGACUGUGCCUGAUUCCGAAUAUAAUCAGAAACUCGGUGUCUUCCAGGUGAGAGUGGACUUCUUGGCUGCAAAUGGCAAUGUCAUAGCAAGUGCAGGCCAUCCAUGCAUGUUGCGCUAUAAAAGCCAUCCAAUUCGCAUCGUCGAAACGGUUCUCAAGAGUGCUCCUCUUAUUGCUGGUUUCCAAUCAGAAUCCCAAUUGCUGAACAUAAAAAUGACCGAGUUCACCGAAGGAAUCGAACCGACAGCAUGCAUGAGGAUCAUACUAGAACAAAGAGCAGAGUACCUUCCUGGUGAAGGCAUCCCUCAAAUUUAUGCAGCCUCACUACUGCUUGAAUCUGAGCUUCCAAAGCUCAAAAGGCUUGUUUGGCCUGUAAUAGUCCCAAGGCCAAGAAGUGGUUAUGGUAAAAAGAAUGCUCGUGGAAAAGUUAAAUCAUGA